AUAAAAAAAAUAAUAAUUUCAAAGAAAAAAUUUCCUUUCUUUUCUUCUUCUUCUUCUUCCUGUUAUUUUUUGGCAGGGAAGGAGAAAGAAUUUGAUUGGAAAUAAUUGCUCAAAUGUAAAUAUAUUUUUAGAGCUUAUAUUAUAUUUUAUGGAAUUAAUCUUUUCAUAAGCUCCUAUUUCCUUGCAUAUUAUUAUUACAAGAAGAUUUUUUUUGAUUCAUUUGAGCAUUUGACAAGAAUUCAAUUAUUAUUCCCCAUGGAAGGCUUGGCGUAACUGAUAAAGUUGAUGUCAUGCAUGUGAUGAGGAGGCUUGGCGUAACUGGUAAAGUUGAUGUCAUGCAUGUGAUGAGUAGGUGGUCAGUAGGUCACGUAUUCGGCCGCGUGGCAACAACCUCUUGCAGAAAUGCAAGGUAAAAGCGGUGCAGCUGAUGUCCAAGAAAACGGAGAUAACAGGAAAAAACAUGAGCCAGAGAAGGAAAAAGAUGAACAAAAGGAAGAUAACAACAACAACAACGACAAUAAAGAUGAUCAGUACUCAUCGUCAUCACCACGAGGAGUUUUAGAGAUACCUACAUUGGGUUCGGGUUCAUCAGAUUCAGACAAUAGCAGCAUUAGCAGCAAUGAUGAUCGGAGCCGCAGUUUUGCAUCAUCAACUUCAGGGGACUUAAGUCAGAGUAUUUAUUGGAAAAAUCUUCUCGGACAGAUAAAGCGAAGAUCAAUGAGAAGAUUGUCAAGUAUACCGAUGUUAGGAUAUGAGAUGAUUCUACCGAAGAAUAUAAGAAGGAUGUUGUCGAAGAAUAAAACUGCUGAAGAAGAAGCUACUGAUUGUGAUGAUAUUCCUAAGCCCUCUUGGAGGAACUUUAGCUAUGUUGAACUUGUCGAAGCUACUGAUAAUUUCAGUCCAGGCAAGUUGAUCGGGAAAGGGGGACAUGCAGAAGUGUACAAAGGACGUUUAUCAGAUGGUCAAGUAGUGGCGGUGAAGAAAAUAACUAAGCAAGGAAAGAAUGACAAGGACAAAAUUGAUGAAUUCUUAUCUGAGCUUGGAAUCAUUGCUCACAUUGACCAUCCUAAUGCUGCUAAGUUAAUCGGUUAUAGUGCUGAUGGCGGUUUGUACCUUGUUCUUCGGUACUCACAUCAUGGAAGCCUCGGUUCUUUAAUAUACGGUUCGGAAGAGGCACUUGAAUGGGAAAUAAGAUACAAAGUUGCUGCUGGUAUUGCUGAAGGAUUGCUUUAUCUUCAUUGCGAAUGCCAAAAACGCAUAAUCCAUAGAGAUAUUACCGCGUCAAACAUUCUACUAACUGAAGAUUAUGAACCUCAGAUUUCUGAUUUUGGACUUGCGAAAUGGCUGCCAGAAAAUUGGCUUCAUCAUGUUGUUUCUCCCAUUGAAGGAACGUUUGGAUACAUGGCUCCGGAGUAUUUUAUGCAUGGAAUUGUUAAUGAAAAGACAGAUGUAUUCGCCUUUGGAGUUUUGUUAUUGGAGCUAAUGACUGGUCGUCGUGCAGUUGAUUCAUAUAGAAAGAGCCUUGUGUUGUGGGCAAAACCGUUGUUGGAGAAGAACAACAUCAAGGAAAUAGCAGAUCCUCGUUUAGGUGAUACCUACGAUGUUGUUGAGAUGAAACGCGCCAUGUUUACAGCUUUAUCAUGCCUUCACAACUUGCCUGAUAUUCGUCCAAACAUGAAAAAGGUUGUUCAGCUAUUGAGAGGCGAAAAUGCACCAAUAGAGAUCAACAUCAAGCAGAAAUCAUUGGGAGGGAGAGCAUUGAUGUUUUCGGAUGAGUAUACGAGCACAAAUUAUCUCCAGGAUCUCAACCGCCAUAAGGAGCUCGUUUUGGAGUAAAACUUUCUAAACUUCUGUGUCAUACGCUAUCGAUCCUACCUCUGAUUCCGCUGCUGCUACUUAUAACAGAUGAAGUAGAAAUCAUAGCACUGAUCGAUGAUUCGCUGAUCAUAUUUUUGUAUAAUCUAUAGUAGAGUUUUGUUAAGUUGUUGCUAUAGAUAUCACAUAUAUAUCAGAGUGUACAUACACAGCCACACCCUUUUUUGUGUUUCUUUAAAAUUUUGCAGCAAACACAUCUUCUAAAGCUUCCUAAUUAUUACUCUUUUCACUUCAA